UAGGGCUAUAGGCGGUUUUAUUCAUCACUAAAAAGUGUUUUUAUAGCGUGGCUGUUUGCUUCAGGGUAUUUGCCUGAAUUAGCUAUGGACACUACACAACUGGACGGAUUUGUAGAAUCCAAAAAAGUAAUACCUAAUACUCCUAGCGAAACCACCAUUGUUUUUCUAAGCAACCAAGCCCAAACUCCAGAAUCUCCAGAUGGGGGAUAUGGAUGGCUCAUUGUUGCUGCCAGUUUUGUGAUUAAUAUUUUUAUUGUUGGACUACCUGCUUCAUAUGGUGUAUUUGAAGUAGCGUUUACGACUCAAGAGGAUUUUAAAGGUACCUCAUCACUGGCCAUUGCAUUCAUUGGCUCUUUGGCAACUGUCGGUAUGCCAUUGUUUGCCAUUAUGUCAGGAAGACUCUCUGAUAUCUAUGGCCCGCGGGUUAUAUCUUGCAUUGGAGCCGUGAUUGUGUGCCUGUCCCUUAUUAUUGCGUCGUUUUCGGUUGCAAUAUGGCAUCUUUAUAUCACUCAAGGCUUUUUGUUUGGCUUGGGAACUUCAUUGUCAUAUAUCCCAAUACUUGGAGUCCUUCCGGAUUGGUUUCAAAAACGCCGAGGCUUAGCAAUGGGCAUCGCCGUUUCUGGCGGUGGUAUCGGAGGUUUAGCAAUUGCACCGAUUUUGCAAAAAGUGAUAUCAACGAUGGGCUGGCGCUGGGCACUUAGGAUUAUUGGAAUCGCAAGCGGGGCUGGACUUUUUACCUCGGGACUCUUUCUAAAAAUGCGUGUCCCAAGCAAACGAUCUACAAAUAUCGACUUUUCGUAUUUCAAAGACUCCAAGUUUGUUCGUCUGUUUCUCAUGGCGCUUGUUAUAUCACUUGGAUGGUUUGUUCCACUCUUUUACAUUCCAGGAUUUGCUGUCCAGUAUGGCAUGUCAAAAAAUAUCGCUGCGUUGCUCGUUGGCUUAACCAACGGUGCUUCCGGUAUUGGACGUGUUACAUUGGGAUACCUUGCUGACACCACUGGCCCAGUCAAUGUACUUAUUUUUUGCAAUGUUGUGGCUACGCUUUUAAUAUUUCUACUCUGGCCAUUUGCCACUACUCUCCCGCUGCUGUUGGUAUUUGUAAUACUAUUCGGCUUCGUAUUAGGAGGAUUCGCAUCGCUCGUACCAACAGUGGUGUCGUUUCUUUUUGGGUCCAAAGGAAAUCUGGCUACAGUUACUGGCAUGAUUUUCACGGGAUAUAUAUCAAAUCUUUUUGGCUCACCAAUCGCUGGUGUUAUUAUUGACCACUUUACAACCUACACAAAUGGCAUCAAAAACAUUAAUUUUACUCCAGCCAUCAUGUAUACCGGCGCAUGUUUUUUUGUUGCUACAUCCCUUUUAAUAUCCAUCAGAUAUUCUAUGCGAAAACGAACAGUUUUGGAAUAGCAGGCAUCCAACACUACCUGUUUGAUUAGGUAUACUGUUUACGCUUAAACAAUAUAGUAUGUGCAUAUUCCUCUUGAUAUUCCUAUAGUUUUACAGCUGUACUCAUACAAAGUGGAGCACUAAAUAACAGUGCCAAUACGUAAUAAAUGUCUAGUCUUAUG